AUGAGAAGACUUAAUAUAAACGCUGCCCGGAAGUAUAUCUUCAAAUUUCGUGUUUUAUUUCCUGUGAUAGGAAUUCUCAUCUUAUAUUUUGUAUACAAAAGUGAAAUCAAAAGCACAACUAUUCCAUAUUCGGGACAGCUUCCAACGCAAAAGCAUGUUAUCACAGAAUAUAACAGGUAUAUGACUACUUUCCAAACGAAUCAUGCAAACAAUUCUGUCCCUAAGGAACGAGGCGACCUGCAACAAAAUGGUGACCGGAAGGAGACUGGAAACCAAGAUAUUAGAGAAGUUAAGCUAGUCGCAAAUGAUGAACGGAUCGCUAUGCCGGAAGAUAAUGUCGAGGAUGAAAGAUAUCCGGGCACAUUUUCCCCUAGUGAAUAUCCAUCUGCUGUCAACUUAACCGGGAUUUUAAACCAGUACGAUAUGAAAGGUUAUUCGGAUGAACAGCCAGUUAAUGAUAUUCAUUAUAGGUAUUUUGUUAAUCCCAGGCACAUUUGUAAUGUUUCCAGCGACAUCAAAGUGUUAUUUAUUGUGAAAAGUAGCCCAUGGCACACAUCAGCUCGGCAAACCAUCCGAGAAACUUGGGCAAACACAAAACGGUUUCCAUCAAUACGGAUUAUCUUCUCUUUCGGAACUCCAAAACAAAGUAAAAGACUUGAAGCCUUACUGGAGGAGUCCUCUACUCACAAGGACAUCCUCAUCGUGAAAAAUUACAUUGACAAUUAUUACAAUUUGACCUUGAAGACUGUUAGUGGUUUAAAAUGGGCGGUAACCCACUGCGCACGCGCCUCGUAUGUAGUGUCUGUUGAUGACGAUAUUUACGUCGCACCUGAUUUGCUGCUUAGAUUUCUUCACAGACCACAGAUUCGGAAAAUUCAUAAAUUCUUCUCCGGUCAUCUCUUAAUAGGUACAAAACCUAUAAGGAAUCCUAAGGAUAAAUGGGCCAUUUCCUUAUCCGAAUAUCCCUUUCAGAACUAUCCGAAUUAUAUAUUCGGAGGCUUUGUUAUUAUGUCAAUGUCUACAGUGAAAUCAUUUACCAUAGCAGCACAGUAUACCAAGUUAUUCAAAUUUGAGGAUGUGUAUUUGGGGAUUUUAGCAGCUAAACUUGGAAUAGAAGCCACUAAUAAUGGGUAUGUUAACUCUAGGAAAACAUUCACUGUUUCUGAAUCAUUUAGGACAAUCAUUGCUUCUCAUUUUUACAGCGAUCCAAAAGAAUUACAAAGAGCAUGGGACUGUCAUUUGAGUAUAUUGGACAAAAGUGACGAGAAAUCAAUUUUUUGUGACUAUAUUGGCAAACGCUUAAAGAAGCUGAAGUCAGAAAUAGACAGUAUAGUUAGCUGGAUGGAAAAUGUCAAGUUCAACUCAUAG